CUGAUUUGUGGUAUAAAAACAUCUUGUUUUGUUAGAUCGCACAUCAAUUGAACUCUUCUGCCAGUAGGAGAUCAGCACGCUUAUGAUGAAACUCUUCAUUGUCUUGUUUGCCUUGGUGGCAGUUGCCAGCGCCGAUGUCAGCCAUUUGCUCAACACUGAAUAUUUACCACCUCAUCAGGGCGCUCAUUCGGCACCUGCUGUAAGCUAUAGUGCACCAGCUGCCACCUAUCAUGUUGCUGCUUCAGCUCCUGUUGUGUCAUACUCUGCUCCAGCUGCCACCUAUCAUGUUGCUGAAUCGGCUCCUGCAGUAUCCUACUCUGCCCCUGCCGCCGUAUCCUACUCCGCCCCCGCUGCUGUAUCAUACAGUGCUCCAGCUGCCACCUAUGAAACUUAUCAAGCUUCCGCUCCCACUGCCACUUUCUCUGCCAGCGAAGGCUACCGUUACAAGACCAACAAGCGCAGCCGUCGUCGUCAUCGUCGUGAUGUCAGCACUGAAUAUUUGCCACCAGUAGCUUCAUACUCUGCACCAGCUGCUUCGUAUGCUGCUCCAGCAGCUGUAUCUUACUCUGCACCAGCCGUUUCUUACUCUGCUCCAGCUGCUGUUUCAUACUCAGCUCCAGCUGCUGUUUCGUACUCUGCUCCAGCAGCUACCUACUCUGCUCCAGCCUAUGAAUCGUAUGAAGUUGCCGGAACUGCUCCAGCUCAUUCUUAUUCGGCUGCCGAAGGCUAUCGUUACAAGACUCAACGUCGUCGCGUUGUUAAGACUUCUCGUCGUCACCGUAACUAAGCAGAAGAAGUUCCGAUAUAUGAUGCAUACCUAAACGAUACUCAAAUAAAUUAAAGAUUAUUUGAUUAAAAAACUA